UCCUCUGGCUACUGGAGCUACCCAGCCGCGCCGCUCCUCAUCGGUCAUGGACGCCGCCGCCGUCGCCAAAGAAUGCUCCGAUGGGCUCUCCUCCACUUCCUCGUCCUCCACCAUGGCAGGAAUGGUGUGGCCGACCACGUGGGAUCAGCAGCAGCAGCCGCCGGACGCAGGCGCCUCGCCGUCGCCGGGAGAGACAGAGAAGCGUGAGGGCUUCAUCGGCGUGCGGCCGCGGCCGUGGGGCACGUUCGCCGCCGAGAUCCGCGACUCCACGCGGCGUGGCGCCCGCGUGUGGCUGGGUACCUUCGACACCCCGGAGGCCGCCGCGCUCGCCUACGACCAGGCCGCCUUCUCCGCGCGUGGCGCCGCCGCAGUCCUCAACUUCCCCGUCGACCGCGUGAGGGAGUCGCUGGCGCCGCUCGCUCUCGCCGCCGGCGUAGGGGGCGGCUCCCCUGUCCUCGCGCUCAAGCGGCGGCACUCCAAGCGGCGCACGCGCAGGCGGCGUAAAGGACUCUGCUCUAAGUGCAUGGCCGACGGCAAGGAUCUCCAACCGCCGUGCCAGUGCUCCGACGUGUCGGCCACGGCCAUGGCGGUGCCGCAGCAGCAGGUGACGGCGGCGCGCUGCCAGGUACGCUUCGGCGUCCUGGAGCUCGAGGACCUCGGCGCUGAUUACUUGGACGAGCUCCUCCGGAUAUCAUGCGAGUUGGCAGCCUGAAGUCAUGCCUGUAUCGACAUCGUCGACGUUAAGUUGGUUCACCACGAAGAUCAAUAUGAAUUCUGAUUCUUCUUUGCCAUGGAACAUGAAAAUACUGCACAUCUCUGCAUAGCGGUAUGCGUGGAGUCUACAAAGUAAACUAGAUCGCCAUCUAUGCACCUGAUAAGGAAAAAAAACCCUUUGCCACAUGUGGUAAUUGUUGUGAUGCAACAUUAACCAAGUCACCUAUUAAUUAAGCUAGCUUUAGUAAAAAAGGUACAUGUACGGAGCCAAGAAGAAAGGGAAAGUCUCUUGGUCUGGCAGUUUAUGAUCU